AUGUCCGCGGCACAACUUCUCAACCCAAAGGCCGAGUCCCGAAGGAGGGGUGAAGCUCUGAGGGUCAACAUCAGCGCCGGCGAGGGCCUGCAAGAUGUGCUCAAGUCCAACCUCGGACCGCGAGGCACCAUCAAAAUGCUCGUCGACGGCGCCGGACAGAUUAAGCUUACCAAGGACGGAAACGUCCUGCUGCGAGAGAUGCAAAUUCAAAACCCGACUGCCGUCAUGAUUGCUCGAGCCGCGACUGCCCAAGACGACAUCUGCGGCGAUGGCACAACGUCCGUGGUGCUGCUGGUGGGAGAGCUGUUGAAGCAGGCAGACCGAUACAUCUCGGAAGGACUCCACCCUCGCAUCAUCACCGACGGUUUCGAGAUUGCCAAGGCUGAGGCUCUCAAGUUCCUGGACUCCUUCAAGCUGGCCAAGGAGGUCGACCGCGAACUGUUGCUCAACGUUGCCCGAACAUCCCUUGCCACGAAGCUCAACGCGACACUAGCAGCCAAGCUUACCCCCGAUAUCGUCGAUGCCGUGCUGGCCAUCUACCAGGCCCCUGCCAAGCCCGAUCUGCACAUGGUGGAGAUUAUGAAGAUGCAGCACCGUACCGCCUCAGACACCCAGCUCAUCCGAGGAUUGGCGUUGGACCACGGUGCCAGACAUCCCGACAUGCCCAAGAAACUGGAGAACUGCUACAUCCUGACAAUGAACGUUAGCUUGGAGUAUGAAAAGACCGAGAUCAACUCUGGCUUCUUCUACUCAAGCGCCGAGCAGCGAGACAAGCUUGUCGAGAGCGAGCGUCGGUUCAUCGAUGCCAAGCUCAAGAAGAUUGUUGAGCUGAAGAAGCAGGUGUGCGGCGAUGACGGAAAGAAGAGCUUUGCCAUCAUCAACCAGAAGGGCAUUGACCCUCUCUCCCUAGACGUCCUGGCCAAGAACGGCAUCCUGGCUCUGCGACGAGCGAAGAGAAGGAACAUGGAGAGACUUCAGCUCAUCUGCGGCGGCGUUGCUCAGAACAGCGUUGACGACCUAACACCCGAUGUCCUCGGCUGGGCUGGUCUCGUCUACGAGCAGACCCUGGGCGAGGAAAAGUACACCUUUGUCGAGGAGGUCAAGGACCCCAAGUCUGUCACCGUCUUGAUCAAGGGACCCAACCAGCACACCAUUGCCCAGGUUACGGAUGCCGUCAGAGAUGGUCUAAGAAGCGUCUACAACAUGAUUGUUGACAAGAGCGUCGUUCCCGGAGCCGGUGCUUUCCAGGUUGCCUGUGCUGCCCACCUCAAGAGCGAUGCCUUUUCGAAGACGGUCAAGGGCAAGGCCAAGUGGGGUGUGGAGGCCUUUGCCGAUGCUCUUCUCAUCAUCCCCAAGACCCUUGCUGCUAACGCUGGACACGAUGUUCAGGAUGCCCUUGCUGCUCUGCAAGACGAGCAUGCUGAAGGCCAGACCGUUGGCUUGAACCUGGAGACUGGAGAGCCGAUGGAUCCCGAGCUGGAGGGCGUGUUUGACUCGUUUAGAGUCCUGAGGAAUUGCAUUGCGUCAAGCUCAGGCAUUGCGUCCAACCUGCUGCUUUGCGACGAGCUGCUCAAGGCUCGACAGAUGGGCCGAGCUGCAGGACCGGGCCCGGGAAUGGACGGCCCCGAGGAAGGCAUGUACAUCAAACCAAAAUCACAAGCCUCCAGCCUGCAGGCAGUUUUUGCGACAAUGGCAGAUUACGCUUCCGACUCCUCGGACGGCGAGUUUACGGAGACAAAUGUCCUUCUUGGAUAUGCGUCCAAGGAGGCUGAGGAAGACACGAUAAGCAAACUGGGAGGCACUCCGGAUUGGCUUGAUGCGGAUAAACCACCGUCAGCGGCCCUGGCAAGAUGCAAGGUCUGCAAGGACAUGAUGGCCCUGCUUCUGCAGCUGAACGGCGAGCUCCCGGAGAAAUUCCCGUCUCACGAGCGGCGGCUAUACGUAUUCGCCUGUCGCAGGGCGACGUGUCGGCGGAAAGCUGGUAGCGUUCGCGCGCUGAGAGGUGUGAGAGUCUGGAAGGACGGUGCCGAGACGACGACGGCGCAGGUUGAGGAGGAGAAGAAGAAGAAGAAGCCCGAGGCGAAGAGCAAGCCGGAGGAAAAGAAGCAGGAUGGGCCUGGUCUUGGAGAAUCGCUGUUUGGAGCGAAGCCUCUGGGGGCCUCUGGUGGGAAUCCGUUCUCCAGCGGCGGCGCAAAUCCUUUUAGCUCAGGGUCGAGCAAUCCCUUUAGUUCUGCUUCGUCCAACCCGUUUUCGAGUCAACCAGCUAAGCCUGCUGCUGCUCCGGCCGAGAAGCCCGCCGAGACGCCAACUGCUGCUACUUCAACAAGCCUCUCCAAGACCUUUGCCGAAACUCUGGCACUCAACACCACGCCCACGGAACCUCCUCCUCCUGCCGAACCUUGGCCUGGAAAAGCUGCGCAGCCAACGCCAUACCCGACCCUCUACCUUGCCGACGCCGAUUACGAGACUCUCGAUCCCACUUCGACGAAACUGCCGGCCAAUGUGACCAUUGCCGAUGCUGACGCCCCGGAACCUUCUGCUCUUGAUCGCGAGGCGUUUGAAUCCGCCAUGGAUGCUACUUUCCAGAAAUUCGCCGACCGGAUGGCUCAGAACCCGGAGCAGUGUAUUCGGUAUGAGUUUAAUGGUGUUCCGUUGCUGUAUUCCAAGACGGACGAGGUUGGCGAGCUGUUGACCAAGCGGACGAUGCCGGGAUGCCCUAACUGCGGUGGGCGAAGGACGUUUGAGGUGCAGUUGACGCCGAAUGCUAUUACGGAGCUGGAAGAGGACGAUUUGAGCCUCGAUGGCAUGGAGUGGGGGACGAUCAUAGUUGGUGUUUGCGAGAGAGAUUGUUCUCUGAGACAUACUGCCGUGGAAGAGGCGGGUUAUUUGGAGGAGUGGGCGGGUGUCCAGUGGGAGGAGCUGUCGAAGGAGAAAUAA